AUGAGCGUUGAUUAUAAAUACAACUUCAAAUUCAUUGUCAUUGGAUCAAGUGGUGUCGGAAAAACAUCUCUUCUUUCUCGUCUCAUUGAUGGCACAUUCAACACAGAAAAUCAAUCAACAAUUGGUGUCGAAUACCUGUCAACUGUAAUUGAAGUGGAUGGCAAUCCAGUAAAGCUCCAAAUCUGGGAUACUGCAGGACAGGAGAAGUUCAGGUCAAUUGCUAAAUCCUAUUUCAGACACGCUGUUGGUGUCAUUAUGGUUUACGAUAUCACAGAUCGUAAAUCAUUUGACGAUCUCGCAUUUUGGCUCAACGAUGUCCACACACUUUGCGAUCCAAACGCAUCCGUUACACUUAUCGGAAAUAAAUUGGAUAUGGCAUCCUCACGCGCCGUUACAACUUCAGAGGCCACCUCCUUCGCUAACACUCACCAGCUCCUCUACCUAGAGACAUCUGCUCGCGGAGGCGAUAAUGUCCAAGAGGCAUUUUACCGUGCAACAAAAUCUGUUUACGAAAGAGCUGAAAAUGGCCAAAUUACCGCAAAAACAUCAACAACAUCUCAGGCAAAGCAGAAUAAUGAUGGCGGCUGCGGUUGCUAA